UAAAUGGAACAUAACUCUCUUUCUGUAUUGUUUUUUUUAUUUAUUUUUUUUAGUUUGUUUACAUGUGUUGUGUGUAAGGAGCUGGUUGUGUUUCUAUCUAUUAAAUGUUCUUUCUCUGUAGACGACCUCUCUCUCAGUCUGUCUGCUGAUGGUUUGUUUACAUCAGUUGUGCGUCUCUGCCGCAAAGGCUGUUGGUCCAUGUGGCUGCCAUAGUCGCAGCGGUGCAUUGUGGGGAGGUUGUGGUCCUCCAGCGGCUCGGUUUGGAAUUAUGUCUGCCUCGGAGGCAGCGAACGGUUCUUCCUCGGGUUUGUGCCCGAGCUUCGCUGUCAUCUGCUCGUUCCUGGAGCGCUAUGGAGCUCUGCUGGACCUGCCGGAGGUGUCGUUCCCGAUGCUGGAGCGCGGUCUGCAGGACAGCAGCGCGGUUCCUAAACUCCUUGUGGACCUUCACGUGAAGUUACUGAGGAAAAUUGGCAAGUCUGUGUCUGCAGAUAGAUGGGAGAAGAAUCUCAUUAAGAUCUGUCAGGAGUUUAACACCACAUGGGCAUGGGAACUGGAAAAGAAGGGUUAUCGGGAGAUGACAGUGGAGUGCAAGACAGGCAUAUUGAAGUACUUGUGUGAAUGCCAGUUUGAUGACAACGUGAAGUUUAAGACUGCUAUCAAUGAAGAGGACCCAGAUAAAAUGCGUCUCCAGCCCAUUGGCAGAGACAAAGAUGGCCUUAUGUACUGGUUCCAACUGGACCAAGACCAAAAUGUGAGGGUCUAUGUGGAAGAACAAGAUGAUCUGGAUGGGUCGUCCUGGAAGUGUGUAGUAAGAAAUAGAGACGACCUGGCUCAGAUCCUUGGGCUGUUGAAGACUCAUAUCGAUCCAGCACUCUUGGUGAAGAAGGAUCAAGAAGAGGGCUCAUCUAGUAAUAGUCCACACCCAGACAGUGAGGAGAACAAGAAAAAAGAGGGAGCUGAAGAAGAAAUCAAAGAUGAGAAGUCAUCUGUUUCAUCCAUAUCUGAUAAUAAGGACACCACAGAUGCUUUGCCAACAAAAAAGGACACUAAGGUGGAGGAAGAGCAGCAAAAACAAUCAGAGACACCAAACAGCGCUGCCGUUGUUAUCAGACCAAUCAAAGAAGAGCCACAGAAUGAGGAGGAGAAAGGCAAAGACCCAUCGACACCCUCACAGAAUGCAGAACAGACAGAGCAGAUUAAGAGAAAAACUGCAGAAGAGACUCAGAGAGCCUUAAAAAAUGACCAUCAAGCUAAAAUCCCCCUGAAAAAGCGAGAGAUGAAACUAGAUGAAGACUUUGACAGCAGUAUUGUGAGUGGCACCGUCACAGUACGAAAUGCACCUGUUGCUCCAGUGAAAGAAUCACAGACAUGUUAUGAUGACAGCAGAUUAAGUGGUGAUAAGAUAAACGGCCAUGUUACCCAUCCUAAAAAAACGGAGAGUGAACCACAAAAAGGGUCUAAAAGUUUUCGAAGAGAAACAGCAGAGAAUGAUUUGGAAAAUCUGUCUUGUGUGUCUGAGGAAUCCAAAGAGGGAAAAAAAGAGGGCAAGGCAGAUCAAACUGAGAAGGAGAUGAACAGGAAUGACAACAGAUCAACUGCUGAAGAACAGAUGGAAGUGGACAAGCCUGGAGAAUCCUGUGCAGCAGAAGAGAACAAUGAAAAAUUAGAAGCUUCUCAACUUCACGAGAAGACCCAUGUACAACAACAGGCCUCAACAGUCAUCAAGCACUCAGAAAAUAAACCUGGUGCUGAAGUUGAAACUGAAGAUAAAAAAGCUCACAAUAGUAAAAGUAUGGAUGUUAAAGAACUCAACACAACAACACCACCUGAACGGCAAAAGAAAGAUCCCCCAAAAGAAAAGUCAGACAAAGAUCUCCCACAAGGUGAGUCAAAGACAGAACUCCUACAAGAAGCGUCAAAGAAAUAUCACCCAAGUGAAGAGUCAAAGAAAGAUCUCCCAGAAGAAAAUCAAAAAUUUCCCAAAGACUCCAAUAAAGACCAUGAAAAAAAUGAUCCAUCUCAACCAACGACAACUACUUCCAAAGAGACUGAAAAAUCUCCCACUGCGAUGGAGACAGAACUGAUCCAGCCCUCUAAAGAGUCCUCUACCCAUGAAACAAUCAAACCACAUUCAGACACUGAAAAGUCUCGGAACGCAUCCAGAAGUCCAGAAGAAACUAAACCUCAUCACAGCUCUGCGGACAAAACCACAGAAAAAAAGCUUGAUCGUACAGAACCUGAAACAGCUGCCAUUGGUUUGAAAGCUGCAAUACAGUCUAUGCCUAAAAGAGACAAACUCUCAACCAGUGAAGCUGCUGCCUCUAAAUCUUCUGAAGAUACAGAAAAAGCAAAGUCCUCCAUCCAUGAACAUGAACGGUCCACCUCCCCUAAAUUGGCUCCUGGGAAGCUUGACAGUUCUUCUCUUUCUGAUUCAACCAGUAAGGUAUAUACAUCAAAAACAACAGAGAAAUCAGAUUGUGAAGAAGCACCUGAUACAUCUAAAAUGGAUAAAAAAGAGAAUUCUGAAACUACUAAAGAUGAAUGUGAGAAAAUGGACACCAGUGAAGAAGCAAAUAGCUCUAAAAAAUCGAACGCAAUAUCUGUUACUAAAGAAUCAGUCAAAGAGGUUAAAGCUACAAAACAACCUAAUGAAUCCAACAUUUCUGAGAAACCUGACAAGGAUCCAUAUUCAGAGGAAGGGAACAAGGAUAAGGCAAUGGAAGUUGAUUCAGAGACCACUAAAGCUGAUGAAGUUCAGUCAGUCAUUGAGGAGGGAUGUGGGACUAGAAAAGAAGACAAAAACAAAUCAGAUGUUUCUCCAGAUCAAGACACAAUCUCAAACAAAAAAUGUAAGACGGACACAACUUCUGAGGAAGGCAAGGCUUCCAGAAAAGAGUCAAAGAAAGGUGACGUUCAGAAAGAGAGUGACGCUACUGAAACCAGAAUUCCAAAAGGGCUUUCUAAGGACAAGGUUAAGCCAGAAGAGAAACAAGAAGAAAAGAAAAAUGUGGAAGGCCUACGUCUUAAAAUCAAGAUCCCAGCUCACAGACGGAAGGCAGAGCUCCUGAGAGAGGAGGCCAAGGGAGACUCGGAGUCAGAGACGACUGAAGGCAGAUGCUUGAGAAGAUCUCCCAGAAUCUGCAGACCCACCGCAAAAGUAGUGGAGAUCCAGGACAGGAGGGCGGAGCGGAAGCAGACGACUCCAGUGUUGGAGAAGGAAAAGGAGGAAAACGAGAAGGAAAAAGAGGAAGAGGAGGCUGUACAGAAGAAACCGAGGAAAACUGAGUCGGAUGGCCAAACUAAACAAAGGAAGCCAUACAUAAUGCUACGCAUUAUACAACAGGGCGGGAGACGUCGAAGACGGACACAAUGGUCUCGCAUGAGACGUAAAAAGAAAGGUUCUGACGAUGAUUAUGAGGAGAGUGAGAGUGAGGAAGAGGAGACGGAAGAGGAUGACAGUGACGAAGACUAUAAGGUGGUGAAGACCAGAAAGAAAAGGAGAAACCGAGAGCGAAAUAGCUCUGAUUCCUCUACCUCUUCAUCAGAUGGUGAUGAACCCAAUGAUGAUCCCUGUAAACACUGUGGCCUUCCCAAUCAACCAGAACUGAUACUCCUGUGUGAUUCCUGUGAUAGCGGAUACCACACUGCCUGUCUGCGGCCUCCUCUCAUGAUCAUUCCAGAUGGGGAAUGGUUCUGCCCUCCCUGUCAGCAUAAGCAACUUUGCGACAGGCUCGAAGAACAGUUGCUGAACCUGGAUGCCGCACUGAAAAAGAAAGAACGUGCAGAACGAAGGAAAGAGCGACUGGUGUAUGUUGGCAUCAGCUUGGAGAACAUCAUUACACCUUCUGUUGAAGUGGAGGAAGAAAAGGAAGAGGAGGUGGUAAAAGAGAAAAAGGAGGUGAAGAAAAGCAAAACUUGGGGACGGAGAUCAACAAGGGCAAAGAAAUACAUAAGCUACAGAUUUGAUGAGUUUGAUGAAGCCAUCGAAGAGGCAAUUGAGGAAGACAUCAAAGAGGCUGAGGGAGGAGGAGCAGGUCGGGGGAAGGACAUGGCAAACAUCACAGGCCACAGAGGAAAGGACAUGUCCACCAUCCUACAAGAGGAUGGGAAGGAGAACGGCCGGCCACGACGACCCAACCCAAGUCAGAAACGGAAAAAGCGCCGGCGUCUCAACGAUCUGGACAGCGACAGCACAGCGGAUGAGGAGGAAAGCGAGGACGAGUUCCGUCUCAGCAACAGUUCAGAGGAGGAGGAGUUUGUGGUUACUGAUAAUGAUGGAGAAAGUGAAGCAGAAGGUCCGUCUAAAGAGGACAGCGACUUUGGGAGUGAUGGUGAUGACCCACGGACAAAACCCAGACGGAAGGCAAUCCGAAGUCGAUGCAGAAGACAACCGCCACGUAGGAGACGCAAACCCAGAGGAUACUCAGAUGAUGAGGAGCUGGAAACUGAUGAAGAGGAGGAUGAGGAAGAGAUAGUGACGGAAGGUUCUAGUGAAUUCAGUGACAGCGAUCUGGACAUCCGCUGUCGGCGGUCUCAUAGGAGCCGUAAGCAGCAGGUGAAUUACUGCGAAAGCUCUGAUUCCGACGGCUCGCAGGCCAGCACCAACAGAGACAAAAAGAAGAUGCGCAGACACCUUUCCAGCUCUGACAGUGAAGUUACUUUCCAAUACGCUGACUCUGAUGAAGAAGAGAGGAAGCCUAUGAAGAAAAGGGCGGACUCAUCCGAGGAAGAAUCCAGGAAGCAGCACAGACGUCUGUCUCUUAAACGCCGGAGAGAAUCUGAGGAAGACGACAACGACGACGAUGAUGAUUCAGAUGAAUCCGAGGAAGAGCCCCGGCCUGUCCGCAAGCGUGUAAACCGCAUUGAUUCUGACAACGACAGUGAGAGUGAGGAGGAGGUGAAGAAGAGCCCAGUUGAGAAAGAGCAGGAAGAGACCAUUGCCAAAGGGCCCAGUCCCCUGGACUACAACUUGGUGGAGCUUCCUCCCACUAAUGGACAGAGACCAGUGAAGAGUUUGGAAGGUGUCAUUCCACGCCUUGGGGUGGGGGUGGGGCCUAAAAAUGCCAACGCCCCAACAGCUGUAACUAUAGCGCCAAAUGGCAUAGAGAUGGCCCCGCAGGAAGAAGAUGAAGAUGACCUUUUGGGUGUUACAGACCUUGUAGAUUAUGUCUGCAACAGUGAACAGUUGUAGGACUUUUUUCUUUAUCUGUAAAACCAUUUUUCUUUUUCUUUUUUUCAAAACUUCCUCCCCCCCCUUCCUGCACUGUCAGAAUCCUCCAUGUAUGAUCUUGACGUCUUCUGGAUCAUGACAAACACACGGUCCCCAUUAGACAUGUCUGCAGAAGAAACCAGGGACAGAAUGCUGCAGUCCUGUUUGAAUCCUGGCCUCAGUGGCACGAUAAUAGCUGUAAAUAUUUUACUGAGUAAAAGUAUCAAGGGAAGGAGAAACUUCUAAGAGACUCUCUGAGAUAUUCCUUUUAAAGUAUCUUUUUCUUUGUGUUUGAUAAGAGGGAUCUCUCUCAAACAAACCAACCCUCUCUGGAAACAACCUUUAAAACCUCUUUUUACACUAAUAUCUUAGCCAUGCUCAUUUACAGAUCACAAGUCAGAUGUUGAGUCAUUGAGUUUUUCUUAUUUGUUGAGUUUGUGUGAGAUGUGAUGAUCUUCACUGCUGUCAGUUGCACAUUUCUGCGAGAGAACUGAAAGUGGGUGGAGUCAAUGGGAAGCAGGUGGAGCUGGAGACUGAAUGUGGGUGGGGUUAGUGUGGAGGGACCGUUGUGUAAGAUGAGACAAACCACAUUUCAGUGAAGUUCCGCACUAGAUAUUUGCAAUAAAGUGCAAAUCUCUUUAACAUUAUGUUCCACUCUGAGGCCAUUUUUAAACUCAUCUUUUGUAAUCUAAUUGGAGAGAAAGUUUAAUUUCUACCGAUUGGUUUCAGAGUGUCAUUUGGUGGAGAAAAGUUUUUAAGUGAUGUCAUGAUAAGCUUUGUUUUGUUAUACAAUAUUUAUUACUGAAAUUGUAAUUUGUAACUGAAAUUAUUCCUUGAUCAGACAGCUGCUUCUUUCAUUAGACCAAAAGUAAUGGAUUUCUGAAAUUCCUAAAAUAUUUCUAAGAAAUGUCUAAUAGUAAAAAUUUGUCUCAUUUUCUGAUGCCAACAUUCAAAAAUCAUGUCAAAUUCAGUUAUGUUGAGUCUGAUUUCUGUAUUUCUUUUGUUGAUUUGUAAAAUUUUAACAUCUGUUUUGAUUAAGUUCAAACACUAUUCACUCUGGCAGCUUUUUGAUGCAUCAAAUGCCAAAUAUUCAGCUGAAAGAUGAUUAUUUUCUAAGGACUCUUACCCACAAAUAUGUGCCAUUUGUUUCUUUGAGAGAAUCUUUGCAUCAAGACAUUUAAUCCUCUAGUGCUGUUCAUCUCAUUUUUUUUAGUGCAGAUAUUUAAUCAAAGGGAUUCUUCUUUUGCCAUCAGUCCUGCUUGUGUCUGUUCCACUGCUCUAUGUCUGUAUAAAUAUAUUAAUAUAACCAUUUUAAUAUUUUGCUUUUUUGAUACAUGCUAAUUAUGUUGACAUGAAUUAUGUUUAUUUUUCCAUCAAUUAUGAAGCAAUACAUUUUUCUUGGAAGACACACAAGAAGAGAUUCUGAAUCCUCUAUUUUUAAGGACAGAAGUUCAUGUUGUUGGUGACAUUAAAAUGAUUUUAAACCUUCUGAGAGCAGCAUGAUGUGGAGAGAGCACCAGACUGGUGAGAACGAGAGAGAGAGACCCCUCUGCUACAGGCACAAUGAAAUGACAUGGUAUAAUCUUGCAUUAUCCUUGUGUGUAUAUCUGUAGUUUUUCUGUAACAUAUUAGAAGCAUUUUUAAAUCAUUUAGACAAUAUAUAGCAGUCCUUUUACGAUUGCAGCUGUUUAUAAUUUGUUUUUGUUUUUUUUGUAGGUAUAUUUUGUACCUCUUCAAAGUGGGUUAGGGUUUGUCUAUCUGUCAUUUUCAUCAAUGCAUUUGGUUUUGUUUCUUUGAGGGUUUUCAGCCUCUCUGUCCCAUUUACCACUGAUUGCUAAAACAUUUCCAAAAAUCUGUUCUUGGAGGGGAAAGCAUUUGACCUGAUUCCCAACAAACAUGGAUGUCAGCAUUGAUCAGCAAAAGCUAUGUAAAAAUGUCUUGUAAAAUAAUGUGUAUGUUUGGCAUGCACAUGUCUUUUAGUCAAUUUUUUUUUUUUUUUUUUUAUCUUGCAGAAUUAGGCCAUGGAGUUUGGAGAAUAUAUUCCUAAUUUUCUCAGAUGAGAAUUCGGGACCCCUUUACAAAGGGCAUUUCUAACAGUAUUGGGCCAAUGUAGAAUUAUUGUUAUAUUUUAAAAACAAAGGUACAGACAGCAUUACGAGACACUAUAUAUUUGUAUUUGUCAUCACAUUUUGUUUAAUUUGAUGAGGGAUUCCAGCACCAGUGUUUUAAGAUAUUUGACAGCAGAUGGACAGACGUCGUCUGAUUUUAGCUUUUAGAAACGCCCUUUGUGUUCGUCUGUUCCUCUUUUGGAUGUUUUUGGUAACGGUAUUGUAAUUUCUUUCAUAUGAUUUACAAUCUUGUACAUUUGUCAUAAUAAAAUGAAAUCUGUGGAA